AGCAGCCUCAGUGUACUCAGGAGUGUUCACACAGAUCUUUAAAGAGGAGAGAGGGCUGUACCAGGACAAGGUCUUCUGCUUCGUCCAUCUGAGCGUUCAGGAGUUUCUGGCUGCUCUUCAUGUCCAUCUGACCUUCAUCAACUCUGGUGUCAACCUGCUGGCAGAAGAACAAACAACCUCCCAGAAGUCUGAAAUAAGAAAAGUUGAAUCUGUAGGGAUGCAGCUCUACCAGAGUGCUGUUGACAAGGCUUUACAGAGUCCAAAUGGACACCUGGACUUGUUCCUCCGCUUCCUCCUGGGACUUUCACUGCAGACCAAUCAGACUCUCCUACGAGGCCUGCUGACACAGAAAGGUAUUUGCUCAGAAACUAAUCAGGUAACGGUCGAGUAUAUCAAGAAAAAGAUCGAAGAGACUCCCUCUACAGAGAAAAGCAUCAAUCUGUUCCACUGUCUGAAUGAACUGAAUGAUCAUGCUCUAGUGGAGAAGAUCCAACAGUCCCUGAGUUCAGGAAGUCUCUCCACAGAUAAACUCUCUCCUGCUCAGUGGUCAGCUCUGGUCUUCAUCUUACUGUCAUCAGAAAAAGAUCUGGACGUGUUUGACCUGAAGAAAUACAAUUACUGUGCUUCAGAUGAAGAACUUCUGAGGCUGCUGCCAGUGGUCAAAGCCUCCAAGAAAGCUCUGUAA